AGCUGCAAUUGUGAAAGAAGAUACAAGGGCGUUGAAGCGUUUUGGAUUUAAGAGGGAAGACUCGUAAUUUGGAAGAAAAGAUGGGGAGAGGCGUCGUAUUGGCGGGUUUCUUGGCUGUCGCAAUGCUGGCUUGCCUCGGAGGUGCGGCGGCAACGGAGUAUGUUGUUGGCGAUAGCCGAGGUUGGACCGCUUCGCCAAACAUCACUGUCGGGUAUUACGACGAGUGGGCCGCCAACAAAACUUUCAUGGGCGGCGACACUUUGAAGUUUGUAUGGAAUGGGACGCACAACGUCGCAUUCGUAACAAAAGAAGAAUAUGACAAUUGCACAAAAGUGAUCUCAGUGUUCCAAGGCGGCGUCGCGUUCAGUUAUACACUUCCGGCGGACGCAAAUGGCCCGUACUACUUCAUCUCCACCGUAGAUUCAGACUGCGAGAACGGGCAGAAGCUAGCCAUCAACGUCAUCAGCCUGACCCCGGCUGAGUCACCGUAUAGCUCGGCUUCCUCGAUCACCGCUGGCGCCUUGUCCGUGCUAGUUCUCGUAUCAUCAGGCAUCAUGGCGGUGUUUAUGAACUAGAUUUAGGUCAUAGAAGAGGACGAUACCGUAAUUUUCCUUUUAUAGCUCAUGUUAAUUUGCUUGUUCACUGGUCAUAUUCAUAUUCAGGUAUUGUAAGGAAUAAAAGGAGGGCUCUGUAUGUUGUAUUGGGCCCUGGUAAUAAUC